UCACCAUCUACUAAGUGCAUCUAGAUCUCAUUCAGUAUCUACUAAGAAGCUUUCAAAGUAAGUGACUAAGUAAGUAAGUAAGUUCACGAGUACCGUUCUAGUUUAGUAGCUCAUUUGACUCGGUAGCUACUUCAGUUUAUCGAAAUCUACAUCUCUAAUCAGCACAAUCUUUCAGUCUUCAAAUAUCUCUCUACAACCUUCCUCGUCCUCGUUCUGCCAAAUUGCCCCACAUACCACAAAAAUGGACGGCCCUACUGCUCAGCAACGUCUUCCAGUGGAGGCGGUUUUGUCCGGUUUCCUAGGGUCCUCUGGCUUUGUCCGGUUUUUUCCGGAAAAACCAGUACGACGAGUACCCUGACUCACAUCCUGAACAACAACGAUGGUCAUAUAAUCGACGCUUCAGUCGUGGCCAGUGUGAAUAUGGAUUCAUUCUUGGCCACUGCUGUACUUUGCGUGAAGACCACCUGGUAGAACAAAUCGCUGAACUGGCGAAAGGGGACUACGACUACCUCAUGAUCGAGUCCACGGGCACCAUGGGAGAGCCGGUUCCUGUAGCUCAAAAGUUUUGUCACUCGUUGACGAAGGAGCUGGAGGAUAUUAUGCGAGGCUAUGACGUCGGACACGAUCAUCAUGUGGGAGAGGAUUCGGAGAAGAGAGGGAUGUUGCGGAAGCGGCCAUUGCUGCGGAAGCGGAACGCAACAAGAUCGCUGUUCAGGCUAUUGAACGCUCUGACGACUCGCACGUUUGGCCACGAUUUGGUGACUGUUGUGGAUUCAGCGGCCAUGUGGGAUGUCCUACAGUGCUCGGACUCAUUGAAACAAGCUAAAUGGUCCAAAGAGGUAGCCAGACAAGCUGAAGCGGUCUCCUGGAGUCGGUUGUUAUGGAAGAGUUUCUGCGUGGGUGGUAGUAGAUUGAGUUCGAGAAUACUCUGGCGUCUCCAUGAAAAUACGAGUUGCUACAAGAACUCCCAGGAGCAGAAAAUAAUGAUUAUUGAAUGAUUUGAUAGAGUUAAAAGGACAGGAGACUCGCACUCUACCGCUCUCAAGAUGAUCCGCCCUCUCUCAAAUCCAUCUGAAGACUUGGAUCGCAGUAUUGCUGACCUCUUGA